GCUGAGCAUGACUUGUCAAUGCAAAGGGCAUAGGACUGAAUAGUUGUGUUUGAGAACAUCAAGGCUGUGCAGGAUAGCUCGUCUCUUCAAGAAAGCAUUGUAUCACUUGAAUUGAGCAAGAAGCAAAGGGGCGCCAAAACCAGACACCAAGACACAAGAAAUACAGUUUAUUUUAUUCCAGCGUUUACCGGUUGACGGGCUUUUGUAUAUAAAUGCAAACAGGUUUAAUAAUAAGGAUCCCAUGAGGAAAUCGUUUUGGGAAUCAGAGUUUCAACGCUGGGCUUUACAAUAGCAUCGGAAACAGUUUUUUGACAGACCAUUGGAGAUGUUUUUCUGUAAGCCAACUGUUCUUAGAUGAUAUCUUCUGCGAUAUUGGAGCACUUUAUAUUUGUCCUGGGUUGUUGAGAAGAAUAAAACGUCAGGAAUGCCCGCUGCCCUUAUCCUAGCAGAGCUUCUAAUAGCACUUUGCAUCUCACAAACCUUUGGAGAUACCGAGCUGAGAUUCUUGGGACAGACAGAGUUUGUGGUGAAUGAAAGCAGCACAACGGUGGUCCGCCUCAUCAUUGAAAGAACUGGAGAUCCUGUCAACAUCACUGCACUUAUACUGCUUCAGGGAGAUGAGACCGGCGACUUUGAGGCCACGUCAGCUGCUGCUUUCCUGCUGGCUUCAGAGACAAACAGGACCAUUUAUAUAGCGGUCAGGGAUGAUGAGCUCCCCGAAGCUGAGGAGACUUUCGUAUUUCAGCUAAAACUACAGAGUGCCUUACCUGGUGUGAGAUUAGGAUCCCCCAAUACUGCCACUGUGACAAUACUUUCCAACGACAAUGCCUUUGGGAUUAUUUCAUUCAACAUGUCUUCCUUAAUCACGGUGAAUGAACCCAGGGGUAGCAGCCAAUUUGUGCCCCUCAGUCUAAUCAGAGAGAAAGGGACUUAUGGCAGCGUGACCGUGAACUUUGAGAUCACUGGAGACCCCAACCCAGCCGAGGAGGACUUGAGCCCAGCCAAAGGAAACAUCACCCUACCCCCUGGAAGAGCGACAGUGGUGUACAGAUUACUCAUACAGGACGACCAGAUUCCGGAAGAUGAUGAAAUCUUUACCAUUGCGCUGACCAGCGUUGAAGGCGGGGCUGUAAUCAACCUCAACCGCAGCAGUGUCCGAAUCAGAAUCAACAAGAACGACAGCCCAGUAAAGUUCGCCCAGUCCGUGUUUGUGGUGCCCGAAACAGCUGGCGUCAUCACUGUCCCGGUGACCCGAGGAAGAAACGAGCAGGACAGAGUGAUCGGAUCAGACUCGGGGGAGGUUUCCAUCAGCUAUAUGAUCAUCACGGGCAACAGCACGGCCAGCGCUUUGCUUACAUCAGACUUUGUUGACCUGCAGCCCAACCGCACCGUCGUUUUCCCCCCUCGAGUCUCUGAAGUGCAGCUGCAGUUUCUGAUCAUCGACGAUGCCACUCCAGAGAUUGCCGAAUCCUUUCAGGUGGUGUUACUGGAGGACUCGCUGCAGGGAGAUGCAGUGUUGCUCAGCCCCGGCAUUGCUCAGGUCACCAUCGAACCCAAUGAUAAACCCUAUGGAGUGCUGUCAAUCAUCAGUGCACUGCUGGCUCAGACUCUCAUCAUCGAUGAAGACCUCACUUCAAGGUUUGAAAGCAUCUCCAUUGUAAGAAAUGGUGGGACCCAUGGGAAUGUGUCUGUGAACUGGACGAUAACACGGAACAGCAGCGACCAGUCCUCCGUGGCCACAGACCUUACCCCGGCCUCAGGGAUCCUCCUAUUCGCUGAAGGCCAGAUGUCAGCCUCACUUCGGCUUAAUAUCACCAGUGACGACCUUCCGGAGGAGGCAGAGGCCUACCUGUUCAGGCUGUUGCCUAGAACGGUACAGGGGGGAGUGGAGGUGGAUGCGCCUGUGGAGAUGGUGUUUUACAUUCAAGACAGCGACGAUGUCUACGGGUUAGUGAGAUUCCACCCUUCAGACGAGCAGAAGAUCGAAAGCCACCCUUCCGGUCGCUUCCUCUCCCUCAGCUUCCUCCGCCAGGGGGGCACCGUGGGAGACGUGAGGCUGAACUACACUGCGCUCUACAUUCCCACCGGGCCGAUCAAUCCAGGGAGAGCCAAGGACGGAGUCCUGAACACCACCAGGAAAAACAGCAUCAUCUUUCCGGCAGAGCAGUCCCGGGUCCAGGAGACGUUACCAAUAAGAAACGAUGCCUUCCUUCAAAACGGAGCACACUUUGUAGUACAGCUGGACAGUGUGGAACUGGUGAGUAUCACGCCACCCAUCCCGCCAGUGAGCCCCAGACUAUGGGGUGUCCUGAACAUAUCCCUGAUCAUCACUCCAGACAUCGCCAACGGAGAGAUCGGCUUCACCAGCAACCAGACCCUAGUGGUGUUCGAGCCUGAGACGGCCUCCGCUAAUCUGGUCUCUCUGGCUUUGCAACGCGACGGGACGGACGGGCAGGCAGUAGUGUUCUGGAGUCUGAGACCAUCGGGGCUCAGCCAGCGAGACGUGACCCUCGACGAUCUGGGGCCUUUCAAUGGCUCCGUCACAUUCCUCUCCGGUCAGAGCGAUUCCUCCAUCAACAUUACCGUCCGAGCCGAUGACAUCCCAGAGAUCAAUGAAACGCUUAGCAUCUCUUUGGACAGGACUAAUGCUGAAAACCAGAUUCUUAAAUCAGGCUUCACCAGCCGGGAGAUUGUUAUCUUUGAAAAUGAUGACCCAGGUGGAGUUUUUGAGUUCUCUCCACGCUCCAGGGGACCGUGGUUAAUCAAUGAAGGGGAGGCUGUGGAGCUGAGAGUGGUCCGGUCCCAGGGUGCACUUCUGAAGCAGCUACUCCGCUAUGAAGUUAUGCCGGGCAACACCUAUGAGUUCUAUGGAAGCACUGGCAUUUUGGAGUUCAAACCUGGAGAGAGGGAGGUGGUGGUUGCACUGGUGGCACGACCGGAUGGGACCCCAGAGUUGGAUGAAAUGUACUCUGUGGUACUGAGCAGCCACAGUGCUCCCCCCAGCAAGCUUGGGCCUGCCCGACAGGUUGACGUCACGAUCCGAAAAAACGACGACCCUCACGGGGUGAUUGAAUUCAGCAGGGCAGGGCUGCAGGAAACACUGAACGAAAGCAAAGGCAGCGAGAUUCACUCAGCUUCUUACACGGUGGUAAGAAACAGAGGAACUUUUGGAGAUGUUUCAGUGUCGUGGAGUUUGGACACACCCUUCACUGAAGAUGUGCACCCUGUCCAGGGGACUCUGUCCUUCACACAGGACGAGUUUUCAAAAAACAUCACACUGACAGCCCUUCCUGAUCAGGUGCCUGAAGACAUGGAGGGAUUUACAAUCACCCUUUUAAAUGUGACUGGAGGAGCAAGACUGGGAAAUGCUCUGAAUGCAACCCUACAGAUCAGAAAAAAUGAUGAUCCCAUUUACUUUGCAGACCCUUUUGCCAUAAGAGUUCAAGAAGGAGAUGUUGCCAACUUCACAGUCCUGCGGAAUGGGUCGAGUGACUCUGUCGCUAAGGUGAUGUAUCAGAUGGCCCGCGGAGGCACCUCAGAUGAAGACUUCGUUCCUGCCGAGGGCGGCAACGUCCUGGUGUUUGAGAUCGGGGAGCGAAUGAAGAACAUCUCAGUCACCAUCAUAGACGAUGACAUUCCCGAAACUGAAGAGCCCUUUUAUAUCCUUCUUUUCAACGCCACAGGUGAUUCAGUGGUCUAUGGGGCUGACACAGCUACAGUAGUGAUUGAAGCCAAUGAUGACGCCAAUGGAAUCUUUUCACUGGAGCCUGUAGGCAAGGCUGUGGAGGAGGGGAGCUCCAGUAACUUCAUGGUGGUGAGGGGUAGAGGGAUGUUUGGCACGGUUACCGUCUUCUGGCAGUUGUUUGGUAAUGGAUCAGCGUUGGAUACUGGACAAGAAUUCUACAACACCUCAGGAACCAUUGUCUUCCAGAAUGGAGAACGAUCCAAGCCAAUCACCCUCCACGCUCUUUCAGAUAAAAUUCCAGAAUUCAAUGAGGUCUAUCUUCUAAUGCUGACCAAUAUAUCAGGCGGAUACCCAGGACCAGGAGGCAGGCUGGCUGAAGCUAACCAGAAUGUCACGGUCCUCAUUCCCUUUAACGAUGAUCCUUUUGGGGUGUUUGUGAUAGACCCUGAGAGUCUAGAUCGUGAAGUGGCUGAAGACACCCUCUCGGAAGACGACAUGUCCGACAUCACAUCCUUCACCAUCCUCAGAAACCAGGGCACAUUUGGUGUGGUUCGUGUCGGGUGGGAAAUACUGUCUGAUGCCUUCCACUCGGGUCUGCCUCCCAUGAGAGAUCUGAUUCUGCAGGGGUCCUUCCCCAGUCUGGUGGAGCUCAGGCCACACCUGAGACGUCACCACUCCGGCACAGAUGCUCUGUUCUUCAGUGGAUCUCUGGGCGCCUUUGGGACCGUUAGCCCCGAGGAUCAGCUGGUUGUGAACCAAAGUCUUGUCAGUUUCACCUUCUCAGCCUGGCUGAUGGCCAGCGCGAACACCAAUGGCUUCAUCAUUGCCAAGGCAAAUGAAAAUGGCACCCUGUAUUACGGGGUGAAGAUUCAAACCAAUGAGUCCCAUGCAGUGUUGCUGCUCUAUUACACCCCUGUGGGAUCCAAUGCCACUCAGGUUGCCAGGGCAGCAGCAAUGAGGUUCCUGGAAGACAAUGUCUGGCUGCAUGUCAUCAUCACCUUGGGUGAUGGGAUCAUUGAGUUCUACAUGGAUGGCAGCUCCAUUGCUGGGGGAACCAGGAGCCUCAAAGGAGAAGCAAUUGCUGAUGGCCGGGCGGUGGUGAGGAUCGGGGCGGGGGCUGACGGCAGUGACAGGUACACAGGCCUCAUGCAGGACGUGCGGCUGUACUCGAGCAGGCUGAGCCGAGCAGAGAUCCACGAGCUCCACAGCCAGCCCGCCAAGGCUGACCUGCGCAAUGUGUCGGGGUACCUGGAAUACCGGCAGGGCGAGAACCGCAAGGCCUUCAUCGUGGAGGUGCGGGACGACCGGGAGGAGGAGGCCGAGGAGUCCUUCAAUCUCUGGCUGGUCUCUGCCCACGGAGGAGCGCGACUGCUCCAGGAGAACACCCCCGCCAGGCUGAGGAUACAGAAGAGCGACAAUGCCAAUGGGCUGUUCGGGUUCACAGGCGCCUGCAUUCCUGAUGCGUCGGAGGAAGGCUCAGUGACCUCCUGUGUAGUGGAGCGGACCAGAGGAGCCUUGGACUAUGUCUAUGUAAAUUACACCGUGACUCAGACUGAUUCCAGCAGCGGCUCACCCACAGCUCCAGACUUCGCUAACUCCAGCGGCACUAUCACAUUCCUCCCCUGGCAACGGUCAGAGGUUCUGAACCUCCAUGUUCUCGAUGAUGACAUCCCUGAGUUUGCAGAGCACUUCCGGGUCACUCUGGUGUCAGCGGUGUCCGGGGAUGGGAAACGAGGCUCCACCCCCACCAGCGGGGCCAGUAUAGACCCAGAGAACUCAGCCACUAACAUUAUCAUCAAAGCAAGCGACCACCCCAAUGGAUUGCUGCAGUUCUCCAAGGGCCCCCCUCCAGACCCUGCUGCUGAGAUGAUCAGACCGGCUGUGGCAGCUGCCAGCAUCACCGUGGAGGAGGAGGUCGGGGAGAUCAGGCUGCUGGUGGUUCGUGCCCAGGGCCUUCUGGGAAGGGUGCUGGUGGGAUACAGAACAGUACCACUGACUGCAAUGAGCCCAUAUGACUAUGAGGAAACAGAUAGCACCCUGGAAUUCCAGCCUGGAGAGCGAUUUCAAUACAUCCACGUGAACAUCACUGACGACUCUGUCCCUGAGCUAGACAAGUCCUUCAAAGUGGAGCUUUACAACCCUGCCUGGGGAGUUGCUGAACUCUUUAGGAGUGAGGGCAGUGCCAGCGGCGAUGGGGACGCCGACUUCUUCCUCCCAGCUUUUCAUCAGCGUGCCAGCCUGGGCAUGGCUUCUCACAUCAUAGUGACUAUCGCUGCUUCGGACGACGCCCAUGGGGUGUUUCAGUUCAGCACUGACUCGCUUGCUGUCAGUGGAACUGAACCAGAGGAAGGUCACGGCACUGUCGUCCUGCAGGUGGCACGCAGUGGAGGUGCCUUGUCCAGGGUGACCUUGUUCUGGGAGGUCGACUCGGACCCUGAGGCAGACCUGAUUAAUAAAAUCGGCAACGUCACAUUCGAGGUCAGCCAGACUAGAGCAGACAUAGUGGUCCAGGUCUCUUUGGAUGAGGUGCCAGAGUUGGACAAGACCUUUGUAGUCCGCAUUCGCAAUGUCUCUCACGGGCGUUUGGGGGCCUUGACCAAUGCCUCGUUAACUGUGCUUGCUAAUGACGACCCCUAUGGGCUGUUUGUCUUUUCUGAGAAGAACCGCCCUAUCCAGGUGAUGGAAGCAAACACAGACAUGACACUGGUGAUACAGAGGCUGAAAGGGCUUAUGGGCUCAGUACAGUUGAGCUACAGGACAGUAAGGGACGAUGAAGGAUCGCCCGCCAUCCCUUCUGACAUUGCCAGGGCUAACGAGGGAAGCGACUUCCUUGCCAUAGUGGGCUCUGUGAUUUUCACAGCCAAUCAGAGCGAAGCUAACAUAACCCUUCGUGUUUUGGAUGAUUUUGAACCUGAACAAGCAGAGUCUGUGUUUGUGCAGCUGAUCAAUGUUACUCUCCUGCAAGGAGUUCAACACAGACCAAUUUAUCUCUCGCCACGCCUGGGGCCUAUGAAUGAAACUGUUGCCCAGGUGAUAAUCGGAGCGAGUGACGAUGCUUUCGGAGUGCUGCAGCUGUCGUCUCCCUCUGUCAGCGUGGCUGAGUACUAUGUGGGUCCGAUUGUCAAUGUGACCCGGGCCGGAGGGAUUUUUGCAGAUGUCUCUGUGAAGUUCCGAGCAGUGCCAAUGACAGCGAGGGUUGGGGAAGACUAUAGCGUAGCUUCCUCCGAUGUGGUCUUGCUUGAGGGAGAGACCAGCAAGUCCGUGCCAGUCUACAUCAUCAACGACAUCAACCCUGAGGUAGAGGAGAGGUUCCGCAUCGAGCUCCUCAACCAGACCACAGGGGGCGCUGUGCUGGGAGGCCUCACCCAGUGCAUCAUCACCAUCGAGGCCUCGGAUGACCCCUACGGGUCUUUCGUUUUUCAGGCAGCCACGCUGAAAGUAGAGGAGCCUAAUCUGGAUGCCACUAAGGUAAACCUGCCAAUCGUGCGGAAUGCUGGAACUCUGGGCAACGUGACUGUAGGAUGGGCGGCCACUGUUAAUGGAGAACGUGCCGGCGAUGAUCUUCGACCUGCAUCAGGUCAAAUCACCUUUGCCCCUGGUGAAACCGUGAAGUCCCUUACAGUAGAAGUAUUGGCUGAUGAUGUUGCUGAAAUUGAGGAAAUUGUUCGUGUGGAGUUGAUGACAGCCUCAAACGGAGGUAGCAUUGGUGCAGAAAGAUUUGCGAAUAUUAUUGUCCCUCCCAAUGACAACCCUUAUGGGACUGUAUCCUUCAGGCAGACUGCGUACCGAGUCCACGAACCUUUGGAGGGGGCCUUCAUUGCUAACAUCACUGUCAUGAGAAGCGGGGGCCGAUUUGGACGUCUACAGAUCCUAUACAGCACAGCUGAGAUUGACGUGGUGGACAAAGCUUUGAAGGAGGGACAGGAUGUUUUGACCUACUAUGAUCUACCGGUGCCGGCAGUUCCUGUAGGCCCCUUUCGAACGCAAGUUAACGUCACCUCCCAAAAAGAACCUUUACUUGCCUGUGCAACCUUUUGCCUAAGAGAACGAGCUUGCCAAGCCUUCUCAUUCUCCAACACCUCUGGAGUGGCCAGGUGUGACUGGAUGGCCUCCCUCAGCAAUGGGAUGACCAACAGCUCUGAAACCCUGACCUACAGGAAAAACAGCACCACAAUCUCCAAUCUGUUCAACAUGCAAGCCAUUGCGGGCAGCGACUAUGAGUCAGUGACGGGCAGCUUGGCAAUUAUGCUGGAAGGGGAUGAAACAGCCAACCUCACAGUCCCCAUCCUCAGUGACAGCUUGCCUGAAGUGGACGAGACGUUCACUGUUCACCUCCUGAGAGUCGAUCUGGUCAAUAUAACGGCCACCACCCAAAACAGGCCUUCAAUAGGCCUGACUGACACGGCCCGCGUCACCAUAUCGAUGAAUGGGGAUGCCUUUGGGGUGUUUCUGAUCUAUAGCACCAGCCCCAACGCCACGAAGGGAGGGCUGUACCUGGAAGUGCAGGAGAAGCCCCAGAACAUGGUGCUGCUUGUGAUAGAGAGGAGAGGGGGCAGUCUGGGGCAGGUAACUGUGGAGUGGAGUGUGGUGGGGGGCACAGCCACCCUCAACACUGACUUCAUCGGCACUGGAGAAGUACUCACUUUUGCAGAUGGUGACCUCCGGAAGACCAUUCAGCUGUUCAUCGUGGAUGACAGCGAGCCCGAAGGCAAUGAAACGAUCGUGGUGAGCCUGACGCAGACGGAAGGAGGCAGCCGCAUCCUGCCCAGCUCUGACACCGUCACCAUCCUCAUUCUAGCCAAUGACAACGCGGCCGGAGUCAUUGGCUUCCAGACCUCCUCUAGCUCGGUGAUCGCUCGAGAAGGAGAGAGUGUGCAGUUAUUAAUAGCAAGAUCAGCUCCUGGCCUGGGCAACGUCACUGUGGAUUGGAGUAUCCAAGGACCUCGCGUGGAGCAAAACUUUGCUAAUUUCACAGGAGUCCUGUUCUUUCCAGAGGGCUCCUUGAAUGCUUCCAUAUCUGUAAAGUUGCUGGAUGAUGGAAUCCCUGAAGAGAAGGAGGAGUACAGGAUCAUUCUGGGAAACAUCAGAACUGAGGGGGUUCAUCCCACGGGGGCAGCUGCUCUUGACAGGCAGGGUUUUGAAGCAGUCCUGACAGUGGAAGCCAGCGACGAACCUUACGCUGUUUUGAGCUUUGCUCCCUCGUCCAAGAUGGUCUCCACAAGGGAGGGAAACGAAAGCAUCCAGCUCUUCAUCCGCAGGGAGUUUGGAUCUCUUGGAUCCAUAAACAUCAGCUAUGAGACGGUACGUGGGUCUCUUCAGACCCAGAACCAGACCAAUGGCUCCCUUGCUGAGCCCGGCCAGGACUUCAUUUCUGUGGCUGGCUUUCUGGUUCUGCAGGAGGGGCAAACCUCGGCUGCAAUCAACAUUACCAUUCUAGAGGAUGAUCUUCCUGAGUUGCAGGAGUUCUUCCUUGUAAAUAUCACCUCUGCUGUACUCAUCACACGCAACCCCGCCUCUCCCUUUCACACGCUUGACCUGGUUCAUUACAGACUUAAAGAUAUUCAAGGCCUGGUGGCACAGAUCACAAUUGAUGCCAGUGAUGGAGUCCAAGGAAUCAUUGCAUGGCAAAGCAUAAAAUAUGAAGUGAAUGAAUCCAUUGGCAGCUUGAUGCUGGUGGCCUACAGGAAUGGAGGGACCUAUGGCAAUGUGUCUCUGUUCUUCUACGCUCAAAACCUUGAAGCUCAGCUGGGGCUCGAUUACAAUGCAACUUCAACAAUUCUGCACUUUGCUGAUGGGGAAAGGCAUCAGUUCAUCGAGAUCUUGAUCUCUGAUGAUGAAAUACCAGAAGGGGAUGAGAAAUUCCAGCUCAUUCUGGCCAAUCCUUCUUUCGGGCUGGAGCUUGGAAAAAACACUACAGCUACAGUGACCAUCCUUACUAACGACGAUGGACACGGAGUGAUCUCCUUCAACAACAGCGAGCACUUCUUCCUGAAGGAGCCCACCUCCCUCGACCUGUCGGAGAGCGUGGCGAUGCUGUUUGUCUUGCGGGACCCUCCUCAGGGCACCUUCGGGACAGUCACUGUGCAGUACCUGAUCACCAGCCUCAACGGCUCAGAUGCAUCGCAGGACCUCCAGCCUUCACAAGGAUUUGUUGUCCUGGAGGACGGAGUCAGGUUCAAGACCCUGCAGAUCUCAGCUGUGCUGGAUGAGGAGCCAGAGAUGAACGAGACCUUCGUGGUCACCCUGUCAGACCCGACCGGGGGAGCCAGGCUGGGCUCCGUCUUGCGGACCCUGAUCACAGUGCUCCAGAACCAGGCUCCGCUUGGCCUCUUCAGGAUCUUUCCAGUCAACAGCAGAGCAAGCUCUGUAACUGUUGAAGAGGGGAACAGUACGGUGUAUCUGAGAGUGUCUCGCAGCAACGGGCUGGACGCUGAAGUCAGUGUGGAGUGGGAAACACAGUCAGACACAGCCUACGGCACGAGGGGAGACUACCCAGCGCUACCUGUCUUGCAGAGCUUCCCAGAGCAGCAAUCCUCAGGCUGGUGCACCCUCACAUCAGGGGGGGCCCUGUACGCUCUUCGUCUGGGGAUACCUCCAGCCAGCCCCUCCCUGGAAGAGGUCUCCACGAUGUACAGGUGGCAGGGAGUGUUUGUAGCGGCUCAGUCUUUGAAGAUCCAAGGUCCCAGGAUUUGUAUUACCUUUGCAAUGAAUGGGUCAUCCUAUAUAGCGAUCACUCACGGAGUACAAGAUGACAGGAGAGCAUCAAACACCAGCCUCUUCAGAUUGGCACCUGAUAUGAACUUAACACUGGUGCAAUCCUGGAAUGUUGCGGAGAAUAGUGACGUAAAGCACUUUGUGUUGGGAAGGACAGAUUAUUUAAUCACUGCCAGCCAGGUUUUCAGAUGGAACGGGAAGAUGUUUACAUUCCACCAAGACCUCAGCAUCCCAGGAGCCUCCGGGCUGGCCGUAUUCCUCCGGGGAAACAGCUGGUACCUGGCUGUGUCUGUGCUGAGCCCCAGUCAGAGCUGUGUGCUGUUCCAGUGGGCUGGGGAGCAGUUCAGGAACCCUCAGGCCCUUCCUCUCAACACCCCAGCUAAACAGGUCCAGGCAUUCCACCAGGGGGCUGAGGUCUACCUGCUGCUUGUUACUGAAGAGUACAAUUCUACAUGCGAGGUGUUUGUCUGGAGAGCAGGGCAGUCUUUCUUCCAGCAUUUCCAGUCCAUCUCCCAUGGUAGACUGAACACAGCCCAGGCCUUCACGCCUCCCUCUGGCAUCAUCCAUCUCCUGCUUGCUGGUAAAAACACUUCCGGUCUGUAUUCGUGGAGGUCGGAGCUGAAUCGCUUCUCCUUGGUCCUGGAGGUUCCCCCAGCCCAGCAGCUGUUCCCUGUCAGCGCCCCACACCUCAAUGCAACUAAAACUCUUAUUGCAGCAGCCGGGGGCUCAGGCACCAGAAUCUAUGAGCUGACAUCUGUCUCAAACCAGUCCGAUUUCAUACCGAGUUCAGGUGAACUGAGGUUCAAACCAGGAGACAGAGAGCUGGAGAUGGCAAUCAAUGUGAUUGAGGACAACAUCCCGGAAGAGGAGGAGUCAUUCAGGGUCAGACUGAAGAACCCCAAGGGGGGAGCGGAGAUUAGCUUCAAUGGUCAUGUAACUGUGAUCAUUCCAUCCAACGAUGAUGCCCAUGGAAUAGUGGCCUUUGCACAGAGUUCUCUGAGUAUACAAGCUGAAGAGCUGGAGCAAGAUAACCUGCUCACCCUGAGUAUUGAACGCCUGCGAGGAACCUUUGGACGAAUCACUGUACACUGGGAAGCCAACGGGAGUCUGAGUGACAUAAUCCCCACCUUCGGAGUGGUCUCCUUUGCUGAGAGUCAAGCCAUCGCUGCGCUCUCACUAACAGUGUUAGCAGACAGCAUUCCCGAGCUUGCGGAGACCGUUACUGUCACCCUGACUGAAGUCACCACCGUCGGAAUUCAGGAUUCCACCCGGGGGGCUGUCAUUGACCCCCUCAGGAAGAGGGCUGAGAUCACUAUCCUGCCCAAUGACUCUCCCUAUGGGGUGAUUGGCUGGCACUCGGACUCCCUCUUUGUAACCACCCAGGAGCCUGACGUGAAGCAGACUGAUGUCAUGUUAAAGAUUGUGAGAGAACUUGGUUUUGUCGGAGAUGUUGCAGUUCAUUACAGAACCAAGCCAGCUUUCUCACAGCUGCCUGUGAACCAAGCCACGGAGCACGAGGACUAUGUGUCACAAGAGGCCACUGUCAUCAUGAAGGAGAACGUGCCCGUGGUCUAUGUUCAAGUCGCUGUACUGCCUGAUAAUAUCCCAGAGCUUGCCGAGAGUUUCCUAGUCAAUAUCACUGGAGUGGAGCUGCUGACCGGCUCUUUGGGUGGAGGGCAGCCCAGUUUGAGGAGACUGGGAAUGGAAACAGCAGAGGUCACCAUUGAGGAGAACGAUGAGCCUAGAGGAAUCUUGCAGUUUAACCUUUCAAAAGCUAUAACAGGUGAUGUUACUGGCUAUGAGGUCCUCCCUCCACAGAAUGUGUUGCAGUUACUGGUUAUUCGAUUGGCUGGCAGGUUUGGAGCAGUGGGAUUGGACUGGAAGGCUCAGCCCAUCAGUGCCAAUCUAGAAGACUUUUCCCCCGCCUUUGGAAACCUGACAUUCAGUGAUGGUCAGGGUUCUGGUGUGAUAGAAAUCACCAUAAUAGACGACAGCAUUGUCGAGUUCUUGGAGAGUUUCAGCGUUUCUCUGACCCGAGUGACAGGGGGGGCUAGACUGGGAAACGACACCACAGUGAUCGUGAACAUCCCUCCCAAUGACUCCCCCGUGGGGCUCUUCAGCUUUGAACAUAAAACGGUUACUGUUCGCGAGCCACAGUUCACUGAUGAUCCAGCAGGUCAGGUGACUCUGGCAGUGGUGAGAAGCCUGGGUGGGCGAGGAGUGGUCCAGAUCAUCUGGCUGGUGGAGGAAGCAGCGAGAGAUGACUUGAGCCCUCUCAACGGAACGCUGCAGUUCAAUGAGACGGAGUCUAAGAAGACCAUAGUUCUGCAGGCCUAUCGGGAUGCUGUUCUGGAGGGCGAUGAAAGGUUCAUCAUCAAGCUCCUCUCAGCCACAAAUGAAGCAGCAAUCAACCCUAUCGAUGGCAUAGCCACAGUUGUGAUUUUGGGUGACCAGGGAGCACUGGGCAGAGUGGGCGUUGCCACAUCAUCCCAGAGUGUUCUGAUUGGAGAACCGAUGGGAAAUUAUAAUGGGACUGCCUUGAUAAGCCUAAUCCGUGGUCCAGGGAUAUUUGGUGAAAUCACAGUUUACUGGAAUAUAACUCCUCCAAUUGCCACUGAAUUUGAAGAGACAUCUGGAAUGCUGAUAAUGAGGGACCGACAGUCAGCAGCCACAAUUCGACUAAAGGCCAUGGAUGACAACGUCCCUGAGGAGAGGCAGCACUACCAGCUCACCCUGACGGGAGUGAGCGAGGGGGCGGAGCUCGAGCAGUCCAUGCGGUACGCCAAUAUCACCAUGGCAGCCAGUGACUUCCCCUUCGGGCGCUUUUCAUUCUCUCAGGAAUUCCUGCAGGCCUCUGAGGAGGACAGACAGGUAAAGGUUACGGUUGUGCGUGGAGGGGGCAGCUUUGCCCGCAUCCAGCUCUGGUACCAGACCCUCAGUAGCUCUGCGGUAGGAGGCUUUGACUUCGCCCCUGUGACCGGACAGCUGGUAUUCGGGCCAGGGGAAGCCAGCAGACUGAUCUCAGUUGAAAUCCUCAACGAUGGGCUUCCUGAGGGCCCUGAGGAGUUCUUCAUUAAUAUCACCAGAGUGGAGCUUCUCAAUGGGAGUGGCUUGGAUUUCACUGUGAGGGAGAAUGGGCUCCAGCUUGACCAGCCUCCAGCAGUGGGCACUAUAUCCUCCAUCAGGAUUGUCAUUGAGAAGAAUGACAAUGCAGAGGGGGUCAUCGAAUUCGACCCCCAGUACCUCAUGCUGCAUGUGGAGGAGAAUGCAGGGACUGUGGUGAUCCCAGUGUUGAGAAGGCAGGGCACGUUCGGACUGGUGACGGCAGACUUCAUCUCCCGCAGUGUUACUGCACUCCCCAAUGGGGUCGACUACAGCCUUCCUAACAGCUCAGUCACCUUUUACCAUGGGCAGAACCAGAGCUUCAUCAACAUCUCCAUUAUUGAUGACAUGGAGAGGGAAUAUGAGGAGAACUUUGAGAUCCAGCUCACAGCCGCCACAGGGGGAGCAGUCCUAGGAACCCACUUAGUGAUCAGAGUGACCAUUGCUAAAAGCGACUCACCUAACGGACUAAUCCGGUUCCUGAAUGAAAGCCUGUUGGUCAUUCCAAACCCCAACAUCACUCAAAUCAUAAUGCUAGCCCUGGACAGGACAGGAGGAUUAGCAGGGGCUGCGGAGAUAAAAUGGAACAUUCUAGGUCCCAAUUCAAAAGAGGUUUUGCCAUCAGUAAACACAGACAUUGGUGAACCUGUGAAUGGAUCAUUCCAUUUCAGAGAUGGGGAGGGAGGAAUCCGAACCAUCGACCUGAAGCUCUUCCCUCAUGGAGACGUGGAAGUGCAGGAGACUUUCAUUAUCAGGCUGAGCCUGCUUUCAGGGGAAGUGGACAUGGACCCGAGGGCAGGCAAUGUCACCUUAGUAAUCCAGAAGUUUGGUGAUCCCAAUGGAAUAGUCCAGUUCACCCAGCAGUCCCUGAGAGAGGUGACCUACAUGGAGCCGAGUUCUGCAGAGGGGACGCUGAGUAUCACAUUCCUGGUCACAAGGGUGCAAGGAACAAUGGGGAACAUUACGGUGUUUUGGGAGCUGCACAGUGAUUCUGACAUAACAGGAGACUUUGGCUCAGUGCGCGGCUCGGUCACUAUCCCUGACACGCAGAGAUCGGUGGAGAUAACCGUCCGUCUCUUACCUGACGAUGUUCCGGAGCUGGACGAGGAGUGCACCCUCCUGCUGAGCUCUGUGGAAGGGGGCGCCGAGCUGGACAUUAACAAGAGCUCCACCAGGUUUACUGUGAAAGCUAACGACGACCCUCACGGCCUCUUUGCAGUAUAUUCAAACAGGCAGUCUGUGAACGUGGGGCCAGAGCUGAGCCGCCACAUUCUCCUGAACAUCACCCGCCAUGCCGGGGCCUUUGGAAACGUGAGCGUGGAGUUUAAAAUCACAGCUGACGGCCAAGGCCAGGGCUUCUUCAUGGACACUGUUCUGGGAAACGUCUUGGUUAAAGACGGUUCCAGCUUUGGAACUAGUGUAGUGCCAAUAAGUAAUCAGGUUUUCUUUGCAACUGGGUUUAACUUCACCAUUCAGCUUUCCAACAUAAGUCUAGUGGGUGGGAGCAUCAGCAACCCCCCUCGCAUUCAGAUGGAAGCAAAGACUGCAGUGGUGUCUGUCCAAGAAGAGGCGGCGAACUCUGAGGUUGGGUUUGAAUCAGUGGCUCUUCAAGUCUCUGACUCCACAGCCAGUAGCUGUGCUGCUGUCAUUUCCAGGGUAGGCUUGUAUGGAAAUGUCUUGGUGGAGUGGAGUAGCGGGUACCCACCUGGGCAGGAACCUGCGGGCCUCCAGCUUGGCCACAUCACACCUACAUCCGGGACUGCAACAUUGGCUCAUGGUGAAAGGAGCAGAUCUGUGCCACUCUCUGUUGUUUCCAAUGUGACUGGAGUGGAAGCAUUCGCUGUGCAUCUGAGGGCAGUGCACUCCAGCUCCUCCGGUGGGGCUCGGCUCAGGUCUGGCUUUACUACAGCAGAAAUCGAGCCUCUGGGAAUCUUCCAGUUUGCGCCAAACUCCAGACAGCUCGUGAUUGAGGAAGACGUCCAGACAAUCACCUUGUACGUUCAGAGACUGUUUGGUUUCCGUAGCAACCGGACCAGUCUGACCUACCUGACUUCAGCAGGAAGUGCCAAACCUGUGGAAGACUUUGAGGCCAUCCAGAACGGAGAGCUAAUUUUUGAGUCACGUCAAAUGGAAGCCUUUAUCAGGCUCUCUGUACUGAACGAUAACAUUAUGGAGGCUGAUGAAACUUUCUACAUAAACUUAACCAACGUGGAAGUUUUGAAUGGCCGGCCAGCUUUCCCGUAUCUGAAGCCACGGCUGAUCCCAGAAUCCAGUGUGGCUUCAAUAACAAUUUUAGCCAAUGACAUUAUCAGUGGCUUGCUCAGUAUUGGGCCUACGUUGGUGCAUGCUGUGGAAGACACAAACAACAGCACACUGCGAGGGGUGAUGCUUCGGGUGCAGAGGACUGUGGGCUUCAUUGGGGUCAUAAAAGCAACGGUUAAAACCUUUGGAGGAAAGAGUUUAACUUCUGGACUGCAAGGAACACCCUUUGAGGGCAACCGGAUAGAUCUGAACCAUACCUGGGCCAGGGAGGGAGAGGACUUUGAGGAGCAGACGGUGAUAAUUACACUGCUGGAAGGAGAGAGGGAGGCUGAUGUGUCCAUUGGAAUCCUGGACGAUGAGGAUCCAGAGGGACAGGAAGUGUUCUUCGUCUACCUCACCAGCCCGCAGGGAGGGGCACAGAUUGUGGAAGGGAAAGAUGAGAAUGGAUUCACGUCCUUCACCAAGAUUAUUAUCUUAGGAAGUGACUUUCAGAAUGGCAUUGUGGGAUUUAGUGUGGAGUCUCUGGCUGGGCUGGUGCUGGAUGAAGAUUCAGAGAACAGGAUGGUGGUGCUCACUGUUCAGAGACAAGAGAAUAGGGUCUUUGAAGAUGUAGCAGUGUCCUGGCGGGUUACAUUCAAUAAAACCAGCGUUUUACUCCAAAACAACGGAGUGAACCUGAUCAGUGAACUGUUGUCUAUCGCAGGAACAACCACCUGCCACAAGGGGGAGACAUUGUGCUUCUUUAGCCUGGAACUCAGACCUGACAAGGUGCCAGAGUUUGGGUUUUGGUUUUUGGUUGAGCUCUACCAGGUGGGUGCCGGAGCCAUGAUCAAUGAAAGCGGCAGGUUUGCCAACAUCACAGUUGUGGAGAGCGAUAGCCCACAAGGGCUGCUCCUCUUUGCUGUGGGCUCCCGGCUCCCUGUGGUCCAUCAGAAAUCCACCCUCCUCAGCCUGCAGGUGGUCAGAGAGUACAGCACUAGCUCCCUCCUCUCCGUCAGCUACAGCAUGCAGGAGCUCAAGAAAGCUGAGACAGUGGGACACACUACAAUCUGGCCAGCUGUUGCAGGGAUGGAUUUUGUGAAAUCUGAGGGGGUCCUUACUUUUGAAGCUGGGCAAAGAAGUGUGUUGAUGGACAUUACCCUGACCCCUGACCGGGCCUCGUCCAAUCCCCUUCCCAAGAGGUUCCAGGUGGUCCUGUUUAACCCCACAGGGGGCGCCAGAGUCGACCCCGAGUUCAGUGUUGCCAACGUCACCAUCGUGUCAGACCCAGAGACUCAGGCUGUGUGGGCUGUGGUGGAGCAGCUAUACCAGCCCCUGGAUGAAAGCAUACUGAACAGAGUCCUGCAGAGCCUGCUCAGCAAGAUCGUGACAGAGGUGACUGGGGAGCAGCUGAGUGCUGUGAUUAACGUGUUAGAGAAGGUGAAUGCGGAAGGUGCGCAGGCCCCUCUGUGGGACACCAGCAGGAGCCUGACAUACGAUAUCCUGUGUGCGAUGGCUAAUCCCAGCCGCAAGGACACACGGGGCCUGAGUCAGCUCUCGGAAAUUGCAGAGAGGUUCUCCUUUUCUCUGCUAACUGAUACAGAAUGCGGCUCGCAGGCUGAAAGGGGCAAGACCAUCUUGGACAGCUGCCCGUACAUCUCCAUCAAAGCCUACCACUGGUAUCCACAGCAGAUCAACGGGCACGAGUUUGACGGGAAGAACGGGGAUUCGUUGCGGGUCCCGGAGGCUCUGCUGGAGGUCCCGUCACUGGGCCCUGGUGACGUCUCCGUAGCCGCCUGUGAGAAGGUCCAGUUCACUGAGUACAGCAGCCAGCAGUGGUUCCUUACCAGCAGUAAGCCAACUGCCCUCAACAACAAGAUUUUUUCUGUCAGCUUAGAGGGCCGUGGCUCCCGCCCUCUUGCAGACAAUAUCGAGGUUACCUACCGUAUCUAUGCUGCAGAACGCCGGAUCAAGCCACGCCAAUCUCUGUGCCUUCUCUGGAACCAGGCCUCUGAAAGCUGGUUAUCGGACAGUCAGUUUUGCCGGGUGGUCGAUGACACUGCUAAUUUCGUGGAGUGUGCUUGCUCACACCUGUCCAUCUACACAGCCUAUGCCCAGACGGACAACCUCUCCUCCUACAAUGAGGCCUUCCACACUGCAGGGUUCAUCUGCAUUUCGGGAUUUUCCCUGGCCAUUUUGUCCCAUCUGUUUUGCUCGAGAUUCUCAAUGUUUGCUGCCAAACUCCUCAUGCACAUGAUGGUGGCCUGCCUGGGGACUCAGAUCUCCUUUUUGGUGUCUGUGUACAGCAGCCGGCAGCUCUCGGAGGAAAGCUGUUCUGCCUUGGGGUUGCUCACUCACUAUCUUCACCUCAGCCAGUUCAGCUGGAUGCUUAUUCAGGCUGUGAACUUCUGGCACGUGCUGGUGAUGAACGAUGAGCACACAGAGAGGCGCUAUCUGCUCUUCUUCGCCCUGAGCUGGGGCCUGCCUGCCUUCGUCAUCGCCCUGCUCGUCAUCAUCCUCCGGGGUGCCUACCACUGGAGUAUGCCUGAAAUCUAUGGCCCUGUAUAUGGAGAUGUGUGUUUCAUUCCCAAUGUGUAUGCUGCCCUGUCCACUGCUGCGCUCAUCCCCCUGACCUGUCUCGUGGGCGUCUUCGUGGUGUUCAUUCACGCCUACCAGGUGACCCCCCAAUGGAAAGCCUACGACGAUGUCUUCAGAGGAAGGACCAAUGGCACAGAGGUCCCGCUAGUGAUGUAUCUCUUUGCCCUGAUUUCUCUGGUGUGGCUCUGGGGUGGCCUACACAUGGCUUACAGACUCCUUUGGAUGCUGAUAAUGUAUGUCAUCUUCAACAGCAUGUUGGGGGUCUAUGUCUUCAUAGUGUACUUUAUACUGCACAAUCAGCUCUGUUGGCCGGUCAAAGCCAGCUACAGUGUGGAGAUGAGUGGACACCCCAGCCCAGGAUCAGCAUUUCAGGGGAGUGGAAGUCCUUCCGUUGGAGGAGAGAUUAGCAAGUCCACCCAGAACCUUAUAACUGCCAUGGAGGAGAUGCCUCCAGACUGGGAGAGAACGUCAUUGAGGCCCACCAGCCAGGCCAGCAGUGUCUUCAAGCAGAGUCCUCAGAACGGGAAAGCCUACACCACACAGGGAGGGUUCCCUAACAGCUUGCAGGUGGCAGAGGAGGAGUCCCAAGAGUUUGAUGAUCUAAUAUUUGCCUUAAAGACUGGUUCCAGCCUUAACAUGAACGACAAUGAGUCGGGUCACGGCAGUCAGGAUGGAGGCAGCAUUGCAAACUCACAGAUUGUAGAGCUGAGAAGAAUUCCCAUCGCAGACACUCAUCUCUAACUCUUUACUUUUAAAUGAAAAAAAAUCGGUAUUUUUGUAUGGUACUUGUACUGCUUUUGCACUAAAACAAAUGAUGUAAUUGGAUAGAAUGCUGUUAAAAAAAAUUCACUAGGUGUUUGAUACCAUGAAAGAUUUGUACAACAGACCUUAAUUAAAACGUACUGCAUAAAGACAAAAAAAAGACUUACCCUAACUGGAUGUAAAUAUUAUGUAGAAUAAAUAAGGGAUAGGCAAGUAUUCUCAAUAACACUGAUCAGUUUGUGUAACGUUGUUAAUAAAACU